CCUUCGAGGAGAUCGGGAAGGACUUUCCUAGGUCUGCAAAACCUCAUCUCGGAGGAGAUCCCCAGGGAAACCCAAGGCAAAUGAUGCUUUUCCGGCGUAACAGCGCGUAGCGCAGAAUUAACCUAGCAAAUGCGAGCUAGAUACCUCCACUCAUCCAGCAUUUGCUAAGGCCAGAUUUCACCAAUUCUCUAUCCUACAGCUCUUAGAGCUAUUCUGAGGAGGCAUUUCCCCAUUCGGGAGUGGGCGAAGGGAUGGCGCAAACUCAAACGACUACAGAGACCAGGCAGGCAACAUGAAUGAGUGAACCUGGGUGACGCUGACCGACACCCAUAUCCCUCCCCCAGCCAAAUGUUGCCACGCGGACGCCAUGUUGACAGAUCCUUGGAUUUUUCAAGGGAGGUCCCAAACCACAAUUGUUACGUGAAGUCUCCUGAUUUUUCAGUUCACUUUUAAAAAUUAAACGCCAAAUGGGCACUUUUGCAUGUUACUGCCAACUUUGUUACCUCUAAGCCACGUGCUACAGAUAAGGAAACUGAGUCCCAGAGAGGCGAAGCUGUGAACUAGAGAGAACCUAGCCCGUUAUGAUUUCAGAGCCUUUGUUUUUUCUCUCCCCAGCAGACCUAGCUGGCUGCAGAGGGAGAACCAGCUUUUGUUCCCUUCCCCCUGCUGGCGAGGGCUGAGCCUUGCUCACCUGCGAACUGGAGCUGGCUUUCCCAGGGCUGGAGAAGCAGCAGCAACAUAAGCCGUGGCGAGCAUAGAAGGCCCCUCAUGGUGCUUGGGGGACAGAGAAGGGAAGUGCCAGAGCCUGGAGGGUGCAAGGAAAAUAGCAACGCGGUAAUAUUGACAGAGCUCCUACUCUGGGUGAUGGGCACUUGGAGCGGGGGGAAGGAUCAUGGAUUUACUUUACUAACGUCUCUACCUUUGUGCAUGUUUGAAAAUUUUCAUAAUAAAAAAAAAAUUGCAGUACAGUGCUGGGAAACACAGGGAAUCCUACUUUGCAGAAUUGCAGAGUAGUAUUUAGAUAGACGGAAAGCAGAUUUAAAAACAUAUCAUUUAAAAAUAAAAUGCCCCUCGAAAAGAAAACAUCCACAAAAAUAAAUGAAAAAGAAAAAGGCCUUUCUAAACGCCAAGCACAGUGUUAAAUGUUCUUCAUGCAUUGGGACAUUUAAUCUCGGCAAUUCUUCCCAUCGUACGGAUGAGGAAACCGUCUCAGAAAAGAGAAGCGCUGGUGCCCAAAGUCACUCGGCAAGAAAGUGGCUCGCCAGGAUACAGUCCUACGCCUAAGUGGUUCCAAAGACCAGCGACGCGUUCCGCGGCCUCUCCUGCCGGCAGAACCUCUGCAAGAACAAAGCCGUCAUCCCCCACCCUGGCCCCCUCCCUCCCCACACAAGGCGCUUCUGUGUGGCUGUCCUUCCAACACACACGUACGCACGCGCGCACACACCCAGACACGCAGGGCCCAGCCUCUGGCCCCUGGGGAGAGCCGCACCCUUUCACCCGGUGGGGGGUAGGGACCCGCAGCGCGACCGCCAAAAGGCGCUACGCGGGCUUGGAGCCUGCACUUCCCGCCUGCUCUCAGGAGACACCGCCAGGGGGCGUCUUCCCGAAUCUGGCUGCGUUGGUUAGGUGGCCGUGGGAAGACCACAUCUGCCUCGCAGGUGCCCCUGCCCAGAGCAAACAGUGGCCGAGAGCCCCGAGGCCUUGGAGAUAAGCCCGGGUCAGGAUAUAUCCGACACCAGGGCCAAGAAGCAGGGGAGCGCAGGGUUCCUGGGACAGCGGCAUUGGAUGCGCCCGGAAGGCGGUGAGUGAGGCCCCAGCGCGCCCAUGGACCCUGUACCGGCAGCAGACCCCUCCGCGCCCCCAGGCCCUUUGACUCACCUGAGCCCGCCGGACAGCUCGGUGGCGCGGCCGCGGAGCGGAGCCGACGGGCGGAGCCUCCCGGGCAGCUGGACCAGCUGCCAGCCUGCACCCACCCCCGGGUCACCCCCAGAGCAUGUCACGGUCCUGAGGGAAGGCGUGCGCCAGUGCCUACAGCAACAGUGUGAGCAGACGGUGUGGAUCCUGCAUGCCAAGGUGGCUCAAAAAUCAUAUGGAAAUGAGAAGCGGUUCUUCUGCCCCCCGCCCUGUGUCUACCUCGCAGGUCCCGGCUGGAGGGUGAAGCCAGUGAAAGGCCAAGCCCACCAGCCAGGGGAAACCGGACCCACGGUCUGCGGUUACAUGGGACUGGAUGGCGCGUCCGGCAGCGCCGCCGAGACGCAGAAGUUGAAUUUCGAAGAGCAGCCAGACUCCAGGGAAUUCGGUUGCGCCAAGACCCUGUACAUCUCGGACGCAGACAAGAGGAAGCACUUCCGGCUGGUGCUGCGGCUGGUGCACCGCGGGGGCCGGGAGCUAGGCACCUUCCACAGCCGCCUCAUCAAGGUCAUCUCGAAGCCCUCGCAGAAGAAGCAGUCGCUGAAGAACACUGACCUGUGCAUAUCCUCGGGCUCAAAGGUCUCCCUCUUCAACCGCCUGCGCUCCCAGACGGUCUCCACGCGCUACCUGUCCGUGGAGGACGGCGCCUUCGUGGCCAGCGCGCGCCAGUGGGCUGCCUUCACGCUCCACCUGGCUGAUGAACACUGUUCCCAGGGGGACUUCCCGCCUCGAGAGGGCUACGUCCGCUAUGGCUCCCUAGUGCAACUCGUCUGCACUGUCACGGGCAUCACACUACCUCCAAUGAUCAUCCGCAAAGUGGCCAAACAGUACGCACUCCUCGACGUGGACGAGCCCAUCUCCCAGCUGCACAAGUGUGCGUUCCAGUUCCCCGGUGAGCCUGCCGGAGAGGGUGGCACUUACUUAUGCCUCGCCGCAGACAAGGUGGUGCAAUUCCAGGCCUCCCCCUGCCCCAAAGAGGCGAACAGGGCGCUGCUCAAUGACAGCUCUUGUUGGACCAUCAUUGGUACCGAGUCGGUGGAGUUCUCCUUCAGCACCAGCCUGGCGUGGACCCGGGAACCCGUCACCCCAGUGCCCCUCAUCAGCACCCUGGAGCUGAGUGGUGGGGGAGACGUGGCCACGCUCGAGCUCCACGGCGAGAACUUCCACGCGGGGCUCAAGGUGUGGUUCGGGGACGUGGAGGCCGAAACCAUGUACAGGAGCCCGCGGUCCCUGGUGUGCGUGGUGCCCGACAUCGCCGCCUUCGGCAGCGACUGGCGCUGGCUGCGCACACCCAUCACAGUGCCCGUGAGCUUGGUGCGCGCCGACGGCCUCUUCUACCCCAGCGCCUUCUCCUUCACCUACACCCCCGAGUACAGCGCGCGGCCCGGCCCCCCGGGCGCCCCCGAGCCCGCCGCCGACGCCGACGCGCUGCUCGAGAGCAUCCAUCACGAGUUCACGCGCAGCAACUUCCACCUCUUCAUCCAGACUUAGGUCCGCGCCCACGCCCGGCCCGGGCCUCCCUGGGGCCCGGGCUCUGCCCCCUGCCCCUUUGCUGGGAAGUCAAGGCCAGAGCCUGGGCGGCGGAGGGCCCUCCCCGGAGAAACUGCCACUUAGAGUGAUGCUGUCCAGU